AUGUCAACCUACGAUGCGGUCACAAAUGGCGGCUCGAAGGCCGACGUCGCUGCUGUUCCCACAGCGAAUGGAGACGUGAAAGCACCCCAGAUCAAGGUUGAUGCUCCUAGCAAUGCUCCGGCUCCAUCGACAGGCUCAACACCGGCGCCGGGACAGUUGCUGACGGGCAAGCAAGAGCACUAUCUCAAGCGAGAACUCAUCUCUCGCCAGGUCUCGGAUGAGAUCGCGGAACUCAGUACUCCCACUGCCCUUCAACGAUUUGGGGCUCCCUUCCGUUCCCAGUAUGGCGAAGUCUCGCCCAUGGACUCGGAGCUGCCCAUCCUACGGUACAUUUUUGUUAACCAUGUCCGCAAAUUUCCCUUCCUCAACCAAGCGAAAGAGAAGGAGUUUUGGCAGGACAAACUACAGACCUUCCUCGAGUCCUUCGCCAGCAAAUACAUAUCCUCUUCAGAAGACAGGUUGGAAGAGACCAAGAGGAGGAAGCUGGCGAAAAAGUCCGCGAAGCUGGUCGAGCUGAUGAUGGUGUCUGGGCUGCCAACCGCCUCGGGCUAUGAAGAGAGGAUACGUUUUGCCGAGAUGGAGGUGGUUGACCGCGGUGCCAAUGAGCAAGGCCUGGUCGUGAAUAUACCCGAGGGUAAUUAUAUCAAUGAGUGGGACGUCAACGUCGCAGGCGUCAGAAUCACGUCGGUUAAGCGAACGGUCCGGUACCACCAGCAUGCAGAAUUUCUGCUACGAGUCAAAAGACCCAAUCAGCCAGAAAUCUUCAUCGGUAGACGGUACGGGGAGUUUGUGAGGCUACACAAAAGGCUACGCACUGAGAUGCCUGGCAAGGUCCUUCCUCCUUUGCCCAGAAAGAACAAGUCCUCCACCUUCGCCUCGGUCAUGCCGUCUGGGGACAACGAUGCAGAGUCAGUAUCCUCUGCAUCUACAGAAGCGAGCCUGGAAGAGCCUGGAAGGAAUUUCCUACCCCUCCACCGACGCCUAAAGUCGGGCAAUUCCCUCAGCCCUAACCCGGGAGGUGGCUCACCCAAAUCAUCGUCCUCGCCCCGUAUGAGUUUGUCAAGAGAAAGGAGUCCCAGUCCAGGUCCACAAGCCGUGCGGUUGCAUCGUGAAGAUCAGAGAGUAUCAUUGAGAGCCUUCUUACGAACUCUCUUGCAGAAUCCGAACAUCGCACAGUCACGAUCUAUGACUGAUUUUCUGACCCUUCAGCCGAUACAGUUGAAUGAGGAAGAACAAGAGGAUAUCGCACGGCGGAAGGAAAUGGAUGCUCGACGCCUCGAAGAGCAGAGAAAAUUCUACGAUAUCGCCAGAAAGCGGGCGGCGGAGCUUGACACGUACAUGGAGACGUUCCGCAGGAACAUUGUGGAGGCUAAUGGACUUACCAAGCUCUUUGCCGAGAUACGCGAGAAGGAAAAAAUCGAGGAUCUGAGCCCAGAGUAUCAGAAAUUCGCAGAAUGGUUGAGGAUAGAGGUGGCAGCAACAAUCUACCACUUAUUCUUGGCCGAGGACAAUUCUCCUGAAUUGUUUGCGCAAGCGAAACGGAUCCAUUCUCUGGUGCCAUAUACAGUACUGAAGAAUGCGAUACGGAUAGCAAAUCCUGCUGCAGUCAUGUCGGCCGUUCUGGAUCUGUUCCUUGCUCAGCCGUUCGGUACGAGGUCGUUACUGCAAAGAAUAUUCUCGCAGACCCUCAAUGAUGGGAUACGGCAAUUCCAGAAGCCCAUUGACGAUAUGAUUGCCAAAGUGGGAGACCACGUCCUGACGAACAAGAUCAAGGCUUUCGUUGACAGUCCCGAGGAGACGAAAACUGCCGUCCGCACCGAGGCGCAGAAGGAGGAGGUCGACGUUGUUGUUGCCAUUCUUCGAUCGGAGCAGUUCCAACCAGAACUCACGGCGCCACAGAUCCAGCGCGUCUACAAUGCUUGGGUUGCUUGGAACAGCGCAGUAGAGAAUGACGACGAAGAACUCCAGCAAGGCGCUGAAAUGUUCUCCCAUCUCAAACAGCUUCUCAAGUUAAUGACACGCCAACGGGACAAGGCUAUGAUGGCUGCCAUGAUCGAGGAGCCGAACACUUUACAGCUAUUCCGUGACCUCUUCACGAUAUUCUACGAGCCUCUCGUCCGAGUUUAUAAAUCGGCCAACGUCUACGGCAGCAUUACAGACUUUGCAGUAUUUGCCGAUGACACCAUUAAGACGGUUGAGAUUGCCCAGAGACAAGACGUCUCCGCAGAUCCAAACCAAACAGUACAGUCAUUCAUCGAUCUCUGUGCUCGACAUCAGCACAACUUGUACAAAUUCAUCCACGAAGUUCAUACGCACGAUAACGGCCUCUUCACUGCAUUGAUGGCCUGGAUUGAGGGUAUCCUCGAGUUCCUCCGCAAGGGACCGAAGUCUGGUGGUAAGCUGGAUAUGAACGCCAUUCUCCAGGGAGCGCUAGAUAUGGGCACCGUGAAUCGGGAGAUUGUGAUUCGGGAGGUUGACGAGCUGAUCGCGUGGCAAACGGCGAGGAAAAAGUGGCACAGCGACAAAACGAGGCAGAAGAUGGCGGCGGAGGGGACGAGUCUGUCAGAGGAUUCAACCGGGAUGCCUGGAGGUAACUUUAAGAGCAGUGACUUCGGGCUACAUGAGGGUGAUCUGAUGGACCUCCGCAUCUCGGAUGAAGAAGAUGAGUUCGACUCCGAAGAAGAAUCCGCAGAAGAUGAUCUCGACCCAAUUUCCGCCGAACGCCGCCGACGAAAGAAGGCUCAAGACAAGCUCAGAAGGAGCGCUGGUGAGCCUGUCAAGCCCGAGGUCAGCGAGAUUCUGAAAUUGAGGGAGCCGUUCUUGGCCAUGUUGAGAGCUGUGCUGAGCGACUAA